AUGGAGAGCAGGAGAAUCCCUUCAGUACAGGAAGUGGCUUACUGCUUCACCAUCACCUAUAAAAGUGAGGGCCAGCGACAGUAUGACCUGCGCACAGAUACCGAGUCUGAAUGUAACGCAUGGAUUGACCAUAUCAAACGAGCACCGUACAGUAAGGUGUUGGAACAGAAGGAGGAGCUCGAGCAGAAACACUUACACCUGUUACAGAUCCUCGACAGCGAGAGGCAGGCCAAGUGGCAUUAUGUCCAGCAGACCGAGGAACUUGCCCAGGAUGUUAAGAAACUCCGAGCAGAGCUGGCAAAAUUCAAGAAAGAUCGUGUGGCUGGGGACAAGCAGGAUGAGGAGACUGAUGAGCUGAAGAAAAUUAAAAAAGUACAAAGUUUCUUCCGAGGCUGGUUGUGUCGACGGCGCUGGAAGCAGAUUGUUGAACUCUACAUACGAUCCCCUCAUGCAGAGAGCAUGCGCAAACGUAACAGCAUCGUGUUCAACAUGGUGGAGUGUGAGGAGGAAUAUAACCGACAGUUGUCAACUCUUGUCACAUGCUUUCUGCGACCCCUUCGAAUGGCAGCAUCCUCUAAAAAGCCCCCAAUUACUCAUGAUGAUGUUAACUCCAUUUUUUUAAAUAGUGAAACCUUGUUGUUUUUGCAUCAAAUAUUUUUGAAAGGAUUGUGUGCAAGAUUAGAAAACUGGCCAACUUUAGUAUUAGGUGACCUGUUUGAUAUGCUGCUACCUAUGCUAUGUAUAUACCAGGAGUAUGUAAGGAACCAUCAUUACAGUCUGCAAGUUUUGGCAGAAUACAAACAGAAAUUAGAAUUCAACAAUCUGCUCAAACGCUAUGAGGAGAAGCCAUUGUGCGAGAGCAGAACAUUGGAAAUAUUUCUAACUUAUCCUAUGCACCAGAUACCUCGAUACAUAAUCACUCUCCAUGAGUUGCUGGCUCACACCCCUCAUGAUCAUGUUGAGAGACAGAGCCUGGAGUAUGCUAAGAGCAAGCUUGAGGAGCUAUCACGGAUUAUGCACGAUGAAGUUAGUGAAACAGAGAACAUCAGAAAAAAUCUGUCUAUUGAGCGCAUGAUUGUGGAGGGUUGUGACAUACUACUGGACGUCAAUCAGACAUUUGUCCGCCAAGGGGCAUUACUGCAAGUCUUCAACGAAAAAGGGAAAUUUGGACGCGGUCGCCUCGGCUCCUUCAGCUCUUCAUUCAAGGAGUCCAAAAAAGAGGUUGUGCGCCAAGUAUUUCUCUUCACCAAUCAUAUGUUACUAACCACACGGUCCUCCAACGGAAGACUGCACCUUGCCAAACAUUAUGGAAAGAUUCCUCUGAUUGACUGUACAUUGAUUGAGGACCCAAGCACAGAAAUCUGCUUCUUUGAUGACGAGACUGUUUCAGUGGACUCAAGCUUCAGUUUAUUAAGUGUAACAUCUGGUGCGACACUUUUGUCCACACAGUCCUGUGAAAGGGACUCGCGCCCAGAUUACAAUGGACUAGAUUUCAAGAUCAUAGUUGACUCCAAAAGUGGCCCACCAACCACCAUCACUCUCGUGGCCUCUACCCAUCAGGAGAAGAUUGCCUGGUGCAGUGAUAUCAGCCAGUGUAUUGAAAACUUGCACUACAGUGAUUUGCUCAACACCUCCAUGAGUGAGUCAUCUUCAGUCACGAUGCCACAAUCUGUCAGGUCAGAUCCUAAGUUGUUCCGAGACGAUGUAGAUAUCAAGUUUAGUAGAACUCUCAAUUCCUGUAAAGUCCCACAGAUUCGCCAUGCCAGUGUUGAGCGGUUGUUGGACCGCCUCACAGAUCUUCGGUUUCUCAGUAUUGACUUCCUCAACACAUUCCUUCUGACCUACCGCGUCUUUACAACCGGCAAGACCGUCUUAGAGGCCCUCAAACGCGUCUACAAAAACCCAGAGUGUGGCAACUUAGAAUCCGGGUCCUCCUCCUGUCAAUCUUCCUCAGACACCGAUAUCUAUGGUGGAGGAGGCAGUCCUCCCCAGUUCACGGGAGACCCUCCAUCUACACAUAAACUCAUGAUCAAACCACAUGCAGAGAAACCAAGAAGGAUCAGUACAGGGUGUAUGAAUAUAGAGGUCACAGGGUCAACUCUGUCAAAACCCCCACCACAAACACAGCCACAAUCCAAGGACCUAGAAUCAGAAACAACCAAACCUAAGGAACAGCAACGACGAGUGUCCUUCCAUAAGUUAGAGAGAGGAGACUCCGUGGACACCGGUGAUAGCGAUGACAGUCGGUCAGAGUUGGCAUCUUACCUUUUCCCUCCGCGAGCAAAGUUGGCUCCGAUCGCUUCCCUGGAGACGCUCUGUGAUCCUGAAAUCACUAUCCCUGAUGUACCAGCCAUCACCACCAAUGACUUGUUGACUACUGGUAUCAUGUUACCAGAUGCUCCCGGUGAAUCUUCAGUGGAUGAUUUCGAUAGCGAAUAUUCAACAGACUUUGGCAUAUCAUCGGACAAUGAGAAUGACUUGUCUAACACAAGACAGAGUAGCUCAUACACACUUGUAUCCGCAGCCAGUUCGGAUACUCUGACACCAGGCACUCCCAGGAUAAGUCCAAUGCCCUCACCCCGGAUAAGUCCCCGGAUGAUCCACGGGUACACGAACGGUUCUCCACGUAGUAUGAGCCCACGUAGACCAUGUUCACCAAGCAAACCUUUGUUUACUGGGUCAGACUUCAAAAUUCUGGAUGCUCUAGCACUUUCUCCUACUAGUAGUCCUAUACGAGUGAUAAAACCACACCCUGUCUCCUCCCCCAUCAGAAUCCCCUCCCCUAUUAGGUCCACUUCACCGAGUCAUCAGAUCUCCUCUCCCAUUCGCCGCCCAUCAUCACCUGGACAACGGCGUCCAUCAUCUCCAGGACCACGACGCCCAUCAUCGCCAGGACAACGGGCCACGUCACCCAUCCGCCGCCCCUCCUCACCACGUCUCUCCUCCCCUAGUCGAUCACCAAGCUCUAGUCCAAAGCCACGGCGGGCGCCCUCACCUAUAAGUGCCAGUAUGUCAUCCCCUAACAUCCUCAUGCCACAUAUCAAAAUAAGACCUGCUAAGCGUGGGAGUACGGAGGUAGAGUCUAUAGGCAGUAUAACACCUCGCAGUAGUAUAGUUACACAGAUUGAAGGAUCACCACCCUCUGCCAAGGCCGGAGCAGUGGUUACAUCGUCACGCAGGUCAAAACGAAGAUCCAGUUCCUCGACUGCCAUGACAGCAUUUGCUGUAGCUACAGCUGGAUCAGCUUACCAGUCAGAACAACAACAACAGCAACAACAACAACAGCAGGGACAACCAGUCGUACAGACGCCCACCACCCAGCCCCAACAGUCCUCCCAACCGGCACAGCCUCCUCAGCAGCCUCCCAAACGUUACCUCAGCACUGGUGCUGUUGUCACCGAUCCUCGUCUUCUAAAGAAGCGUGAAUCUGUCAUCAGCACAGCAGCAACAAUGCGUGUUCUGAAUAUCAUCAAACACUGGGUCUCCAAACACCAGCAGGACUUUGAGUGUGACCUUGAACUAAAGCGAGCUGUGAUUGACAUGCUAGAGGAGAUGGCUUGCAACACCUCGCUGGUUCCCACGGAACAGAAGGCUGCAGCCUCCAUCUUACGCACCGUCACCAAGGACAACGAGGAAAUCAAGAAAGUUGACCUCACGAAACUCCUCACCCCACCAGAGGUAUCAACGAAGGACACAUUUGACACUCUGUCAGCGUUGGACAUAGCAGAGCAGCUUACCUACCUCGACCACAAGAUAUAUAUAGGCAUUAGGAGCGAAGAACUCCUGGGUCAGGCGUGGAUGAAACAGGACAAAUCCCAUAAAGCCCCCCAUGUCCUACUCGUCAGCAAACGCUUCAACGAGGUUAGCCGUCUGGUUGUGUCAGAGAUCGUGGGCAGACAGAAUCUACAGGACCGUGUGUCUUGUAUAGAGAAAUGGGCAGCCAUUGCUGAUAUAUGUCGCUGUAUGCACAACUACAACGGUGUACUCCAGAUUUGUGCUGCCUUUGUCAACAGUUCUGUCUACAGACUCAAAAAGACCUGGGAAAAACUCUCCAAACAGACAAAACAGAUGAUUGAGCGUCUACAGGUGUUGGUGUCAUCGGAUGGGCGCUUUAAGAAUAUGAGGGAUGCUCUCCACAGGUGUGACCCACCUUGUAUACCGUACCUGGGGAUGUACCUGACCGACCUCUCCUUUAUAGAGGAGGGAACACCAGACAACACCGAGGAGGGACUAGUCAACUUCUCUAAAAUGAGAAUGAUUGCACAUGUAAUACGUGAAAUAAGAUUAUUUCAACAAACUCCGUACAGAAUAGAGCACCACGUUAGGAUAACUAACUACCUUCUAGACCCAAAUAGGCUACUGGACGAUGACCGGACGUACAAAGCAUCUCUAGAAAUAGAACCAAAGCAGUCGCGGCUGUCCACUGUGUCCCUAGCGCCGUCUUGACCACAUGAUCAGUAAUAUAGCAAUGGUAUUCUCGUCGUGCCAGGACUAAUCUGAGUCCUGCUGUGUCCAGUCCUCUAGUACCUCCCCUACCCAAUGAUUGACACAUUAACAUUCCAUAUUUGGAGAAACAUUCCAUAUGAAGGAGGAGCCUAUUCCAUACAAGGAAUGAUUAUUGAUCCAUAUAAAGAUAUAUAUUCCAAUGAAGGACAUAUAAUAUUCCAUAUAAGGAUAUGUAUUCCAUUGAAGGAUAUAAAAUUCCAUAUAAGGAUACAAUCCAUCAGGAUAUGUCUGUUCCAUAAAAGGAUGUUUGUUCCAUAUAAGGAUGCAUAUUACUUAUAAGGAUGUAUGCUCCAUAUAAGGAUUUAUGUUCCAUAUAAGGAUUUAUGUUCCAUAAAAGGAUGUCUGUUCCAUAUAAAGGAUGUACGGUAUGUUCCUUAUAAGAAUGUAUGUUCCACAUAAGGAUUUAUGUUCCAUUAAAAGAUGUUUGUUCCAUACAAGGAUGCAUAUUCCUUAUAAGGACGCAUGUUCCAUAUAAGGAUGUUUGUUCCAUAUAAGGAUUUAUGUUCCAUAUAAGGGCUUGCAGAGUAAAAGAAGUGAAUUCCAAACAAGGAAAUAUAUUGUGCUAUCAACAGAUACCAAGCUGUGCAACACUUUAUCCCCGAGAAGGAUAACAGUAUCAUUUUUCCUGUUGCAAUAUUGUCUCAUAUCCAAAUGUUUGGAGGCUGUAUGAAGGAUGUGUAGAAGCCAAAUUGCACUAUACAGACAUAAAUACCACAGAAAUUCCUAACAAAGACAUCACUACCACAGACAUCACUACCACAGACGUCACUACCACACACAUCACUACCACACACAUCACUAC